CAGAGAAGAACUUCACAGCCCUAGCCCAAACUCUGCCAUUCUCCAUAGCCCGGAGUUACAAGCACACUGAGAAAAACCAGCACGAAUGUGAAAGGAAGAGAGAGAGAGCAAGUGACAAAGUAACUAAUAAAACCAGAAAAAUAGAAAGGGAGGCUUCGCGCCUUGAGAAAGAACGAGAGAAUACACGAAUACGUUCAAGUUUAGUUUAGAAAGCGUGGAGGAAAACUUUUCUGGGCUGUGGCAGAAAGCUGUGGACCGCGGAAGAUGCCUGAGCAAAGGUGUUGAACUUUCCAGGAAAGAACAAGGGCUGACACGGUCCACACUAGGGGACAGGUGAAGAAGUAACACAUUUAGAGAUGGCUGACGAGCAGGACACAAGGGAAGUGCUUUUCCCACAAUGGAUGGGCACUGAUAAGGUUGGGCUCACCAUAGAACAAAAAGGUCAAGGAGAGAUUUUUGUCAAAGAGGUGAAAGAUGAGUCCCUUGCUGCGCAUACUGGGAAAGUAUAUGAAGGUGACCAAAUUGUGGGGGCCACCAUUUACUUUGACAACAUGAGCUCAGAAGAAACGUCUGAACUACUAAAGACUCUAAACCGACACAAGGUUGGACUAAAAUUACAAAAUAAGUCUGGAGACAAGUCACCUUGCCGUUCUCCAAUGGGGACAUUGUCAUGGGAAGGACGUGGAGGGUUAGGAGGCUCUAGUUCAGACAUUCUUCUGAGCGGGGAUGACGAAGACUACAAGAGAAUCUACACUAAGAAGAUUAAACCUAGACUAAAGUCAGAGGAUCUUGCUGAGGGUGUUGAUGUGCGCACAGAACGUCACAGCAGCACAAGCAGUGAUGGUUGCACCAUUACUACAAUCACUCGUCGAAUAACUACCUACACUGUGGACGUGCCUGGGGAGACUAGUCAGCAGAUUGAUCACUCAAGCCCUGAGUUCAAAAUGCAUGUCUUGCAGCAUGAGCAGUCGGAGGGGGAUUCUACUCAAAUCAGAUUACCACAUAGUAGCCUUGUUAGUGGUGCUCACGGAGGUAUAAAAAUGGGGGACAUAACUCUUAGCGGGCCCCAUGUCACUGGCUCCUCUGUGAAGCACUCUAGCACAGGAUCUUUUAAAGCAACAAGUGAAUUAGAUGGUAGUGGGAAAGAGAUUACAAUUAAUGUGUCAGACACUGGACUGUCAGGUGGUAAAGGACAGAUGGUGAUGGAACAUUUUGGAAGGACUGAAGCUUCUGCAGGCAGUAGUGAUCUCUCUGGCAAAGUAACCACGGGGUUAGACAAAGACGUGAGAAAUAUUUAUUCUCCACUGGAAGCUGGUUCAAGUAUGAUGGGAGGAACUGAGGUUGCUACAGUAAAGGGCCCUGUUCUGAAUACACGUGUUUCAGGUUUUUCCAUUAGUGGAGAUAAAGGGGGCAGUAUUGGAAGGGAAUCUUGGUCUGAAGUGCAUAAGUAUGGGUCCGAUGAUAAAACCAAAUUGUCUUUUGGUACCAUAGAUGUGCAAAGGCCCAAGGAAGGUCAGAAUGUAGAAGUGAAUUUUAACAAUCAAAAUCUUAAAGAUGUUAGUCAGAAAGGUUUCAGCAUAACUGGGAAUCAGAAAAUGUCAGCUCGGGUUCAGGAACCUGAUACAGUAGGAAGUCUCUCCAAAGCUGAUGUAAAAAUCACACCACCAGAUAUGGACAUCAGGGGUCCAGAGCUUCAUUUUAAAGGACAUGAGCAUACAGUCAAAGAUGUCAAAUUUGAUGCGCCAUCAAUCACUGGUCAAAUUUCUAUGCCAGAUGUAGAUUUAAACCUCAAAGGACAAAAAGUGAAAGGAGAUUUUAACGUGUCUGUUCCAAAUGUUGAAGGGAAUGUUACAACUUCAAAAAUUGAAAUUAAAAGGCCAGAUCUCGAGGGUGUCAAAGGUGACAUUACUGUUCCAAAGGUCAAAAUGUCCUCAUUUGGAAUAAAAACUUCAGAAGUAAAGGGUCCUGAUGUUGAUGUAAAUCUUGCGAAAACCAAAAUGGAGGUUAAAGCACCAGAUGUGGAUAUCAAGACUCCAGAGCUUAACAUUGAGAGAUCUGAAGUAAAAUUCAAAGAUCCUGAAAUCAAGAUACCACCGGUCUCCGGUCCUAAGAUUGCGGUGUCUGAUGUGAACUUAAAUGUAAAAGGGUCUACAUUGAAAGGUGAUUUAAGUCUGAAAGGCCCAAAACUGAAAGGUGAUGUUGAUGUGUCUAUUCCAAAAGUGGAAGGGGAUAUUAAAGCACCAAAAGUGGAAAUUGAAGGCCCAGAAAUGGAAGGAACUGAGGGUGGUUUUAGGAUGCCAAAGAUCAAAAUGCCAUCAUUCGGAAUGAGGGGUCCUAAACUGGAGGGUCCAGAUGUUGAUGUGAAAAUCCCAAAAGCCGAUAUAGACAUUAAUGCACCAGAGGUUGACAUUGAAGGGCCUGAGGGAAAGAUCAAGGGCCCCAAAUUCAAGAUGCCAUCAAUCUCUGGUCCAAAGAUUUCUAUGCCAGACGUUGACUUCAAUCUGAAAGGCCCAAAACUGAAAGGUGAUGUUGACGUGUCUGUUCCAAAAGUGGAAGGGGAUAUUAAAGCACCAAAAGUGGAAAUUGAAGGCCCAGAAAUGGAAGGAACUGAGGGUGGUUUUAGGAUGCCAAAGAUCAAAAUGCCAUCAUUCGGACUGAAAGGUCCAAAGCUGGAGGGUCCAGAUAUUGAUGUGAAAAUCCCCAAAGCCGAUAUCGAGGUAAAGGCACCAGAUGUGGACAUCAAAGCUGCAGAGGUUGACAUUGCAGGACCUGAGGGGAAAAUCAAGGGCCCCACAUUCAAGAUGCCAUCAAUCUCUGGUCCAAAGCUUUCUAUGCCAGACUUUGACGUAAACCUGAAAGGUCCAAAACUGAAAGGUGACGUUGACGUGUCCGUUCCAAAAGUGGAUAGAGAUAUUAAAGCACCAAAAGUUGAAAUUGAAGGUCCAGAAAUUGAAGGACCUGAGGGUGGUUUUAAGAUGCCAAAAAUCAAAAUGCCAUCUUUCGGACUGAAGGGUCCAAAAGUGGAGGGUCCAGAUAUUGAUGUGAAAAUCCCCAAAGCUGAUAUCGAGGUAAAGGCACCAGAUGUGGACAUCAAAGCUCCUGAGGUUGACAUUGCAGGACCUGGGGGGAAAAUCAAGGGCCCCAAAUUCACGAUGCCAUCGAUCUCUGGUCCAAAAGUAUCUAUGCCAGAUGUUGACUUAAACCUGAAAGGUCCAAAACUGAAAGGUGACGUUGACGUGUCCGUUCCAAAAGUGCAAGGAGAUAUUAAAGCACCAAAAGUUGAAAUUGAAGGUCCAGAAAUUGAAGGACCUGAGGGUGGUUUUAAGAUGCCAAAGAUCAAAAUGCCAUCAUUCGGACUGAAAGGUCCAAAAGUGGAGGGUACAGAUGUUGAUGUGAAAAUCCCAAAAGCUGAUAUUGACAUUAAGGCACCAGCUCUGGACAUCAAAACUCCAGAGGUUGACAUUGAAGGACCUGAGGGAAAAAUCAAGGGCCCCAAAUUCAAGAUGCCAUCAGUCUCUGGUCCAAAGGUUUCUAUGCCAGAUGUUGACUUCAAUCUGAAAGGUCCAAAACUGAAAGGUGAUGUUGACGUGUCAGUUCCAAAAGUGGAAGGAGAUAUUAAAGCACCAAAAGUUGAAAUUGAAGGCCCUGACCUUGAGGGACCUGAGGGUGGUUUCAAGAUGCCAAAGAUCAAAAUGCCAUCAUUUGGAAUAAAGGGUCCAAAACUGGAGGGUCCGGAUGUUGAUGUGAAAAUCCCUAAAGCUGAUAUCGAGGUAAAGGCACCAGAUGUGGACAUCAAAGCUCCAGAGGUUGACAUUGAAGGACCUGAGGGAAAGAUCAAGGGCCCCAAAUUCAAGAUGCCAUCAAUCUCUGGUCCAAAGAUUUCUAUGCCAGACGUUGACUUCAAUCUGAAAGGUCCAAAUCUGAAAGGUCCAAAACUGAAAGGUGAUGCUGACGUUUCCAUUCCAAAAGUGGAAGGAGAUAUUAAAGCACCUAAAGUGGAAAUUGAAGGCCCAGAAAUUGAAGGGCCUGAGGGUGGUUUUAAGAUGCCAAAGAUCAAAAUGCCAUCAUUCGGAAUGAGGGGUCCUAAACUGGAGGGUCCAGAUGUUGAUGUGAAAAUCCCAAAAGCCGAUAUAGACAUUAAUGCACCAGAGGUUGACAUUGAAGGGCCUGAGGGAAAGAUCAAGGGCCCCAAAUUCAAGAUGCCAUCAAUCUCUGGUCCAAAGAUUUCUAUGCCAGACGUUGACUUCAAUCUGAAAGGUCCAAAACUGAAAGGUGAUGUUGACAUGUCGGUUCCAAAAGUGGAAGGAGAGAUUAAAGCACCAAAAGUGGAAAUUGAAGGCCCAGAAAUUGAAGGGCCUGAGGGUGGUUUUAAGAUGCCAAAGAUCAAAAUGCCAUCAUUCGGAAUGAGGGGUCCUAAACUGGAGGGUCCAGAUGUUGAUGUGAAAAUCCCAAAAGCCGAUAUAGACAUUAAUGCACCAGAGGUUGACAUUGAAGGGCCUGAGGGAAAGAUUAAGGGCCCCAAAUUCAAGAUGCCAUCAAUCUCUGGUCCAAAGAUUUCUAUGCCAGACGUUGACUUCAAUCUGAAAGGUCCAAAACUGAAAGGUGAUGUUGACGUGUCUGUUCCAAAAGUGGAAGGGGAUAUUAAAGCACCAAAAGUGGAAAUUGAAGGCCCAGAAAUUGAAGGGCCUGACGGUGGUUUUAAGAUGCCGAAGAUCAAAAUGCCAUCAUUCGGAAUGAGGGGUCCAAAACUGGAGGGUCCAGAUGUUGAUGUGAAAAUUCCAAAAGCCGAUAUAGACUUUAAUGCACCAGAGGUUGACAUUGAAGGACCUCAGGGGAAAAUCAAGGGCCCCAAAUUCAAGAUGCCAUCAAUCUCUGGUCCAAAGGUUUCUAUGCCAGACGUUGACUUCAAUCUGAAAGGUCCAAAACUGAAAGGUGAUGUUGACGUGUCAGUUCCAAAAGUGGAAGGAGAUAUUAAAGCACCAAAAUUGGAAAUUGAAGGCCCAGAAAUUGAAGGGCCUGAGGGUGGUUUUAAGAUGCCAAAGAUCAAAAUGCCAUCAUUUGGAAUGAAAGGUCCAAAACUGGAGGGUCCGGAUGUUGAUGGGAAAAUCCCUAAAGCUGAUAUUGACAUUAAGGCACCAGAUGUGGACAUCAAAGCUCCAGAGGUUGACAUUGAAGGACCUGAGGGAAAGAUCAAGGGCCCCAAAUUCAAGAUGCCAUCAAUCUCUGGUCCAAAGAUUUCUAUGCCAGAUGUUGACUUCAAUCUAAAAGGUCCAAAACUGAAAGGUGAUUUUGACGUGUCGGUUCCAAAAGUGGAAGGAGAUAUUAAAGCACCAAAAGUUGAAAUUGAAGGCCCAGAAAUUGAAGGGCCUGAGGGUGGAUUUAAGAUGCCAAAGAUCAAAAUGCCGUCAUUUGGAAUGAAAGGUCCAAAACUGGAGGGUCCAGACGUUGAUGUGAAAAUCCCAAAAGCCGAUAUAGACAUUAAUGCACCAGAGGUUGACAUUGAAGGGCCUGAGGGAAAGAUCAAGGGCCCCAAAUUCAAGAUGCCAUCAAUCUCUGGUCCAAAGAUUUCUAUGCCAGACGUUGACUUCAAUCUGAAAGGUCCAAAACUGAAAGGUGAUGUUGACAUGUCUGUUCCAAAAGUAGGAGGAGAUAUUAAAGCACCACAAGUCGGAAUUGAAGGCCCAGAAAUGGAAGGACCUGAGGGUGGUUUUAAGAUGCCAAAGAUCAAAAUGCCAUCAUUCGGAAUGAAGGGUCCAAAAGUGGAGGGUCCAGAUGUUGAUGUGAAAAUCCCAAAAGCCGAUAUAGACAUUAAUGCACCAGAGGUUGACAUUGAAGGGCCUGAGGGAAAGAUCAAGGGCCCCAAAUUCAAGAUGCCAUCAAUCUCUGGUCCAAAGAUUUCUAUGCCAGACGUUGACUUCAAUCUGAAAGGUCCAAAACUGAAAGGUGAUGUUGACGUGUCUGUUCCAAAAGUGGAAGGAGAUAUUAAAGCACCAAAAGUGGAAAUUGAAGGCCCAGAAAUGGAAGGACCUGAGGGUGGUUUUAAGAUGCCAAAGAUCAAAAUGCCAUCAUUCGGAAUGAAGGGUCCAAAACUGGAGGGUCCAGAUGUUGAUGUGAAAAUGCCUAAAGCCGAUAUAGACAUUAAUGCACCAGAGGUUGACAUUGAAGGACCUGAGGGAAAAAUCAAGGGCCCCAAAUUCAAGAUGCCAUCAAUCUCUGGUCCAAAGAUUUCUAUGCCAGACGUUGACUUCAAUCUGAAAGGUCCAAAACUGAAAGGUGAUGUUGACGUGUCUGUUCCAAAAGUGGAAGGAGAUAUUAAAGCACCAAAAGUGGAAAUUGAAGGCCCAGAAAUCGAAGGGCCUGAGGGUGGAUUUAAGAUGCCAAAGAUCAAAAUGCCAUCAUUCGGAAUGAAGGGUCCAAAAGUGGAGGGUCCAGAUGUUGAUGUGAAAAUCCCUAAAGCCGAUAUAGACAUUAAUGCACCAGAGGUUGACAUUGAAGGACCCGAGGGAAAAAUCAAGGGCCCCAAAUUCAAGAUGCCAUCAAUCUCUGGUCCAAAGAUUUCUAUGCCAGACGUUGACUUCAAUCUGAAAGGUCCAAAACUGAAAGGUGAUGUCGACAUGUCGGUUCCAAAAGUAGGAGGAGAUAUUAAAGCACCACAAGUGGGAAUUGAAGGCCCAGAAAUGGAAGGACCUGAGGGUGGUUUUAAGAUGCCAAAGAUCAAAAUGCCAUCAUUCGGAAUGAAGGGUCCAAAAGUGGAGGGUCCAGAUGUUGAUGUGAAAAUCCCUAAAGCCGAUGUAGACAUUAAUGCACCAGAGUUUGAUAUUGAAGGACCUGAGGGAAAAAUCAAGGGCCCCAAAUUCAAGAUGCCAUCAAUCUCUGGUCCAAAGAUUUCUAUGCCAGACGUUGACUUCAAUUUGAAAGGUCCAAAACUGAAAGGUGAUUUUGACGUGUGUGUUCAAAAAGUGGAAGGAGAUAUUAAAGCACCAAAAGUGGAAAUUGAAGGCCCAGAAAUUGAAGGACCUGAGGGUGGUUUUAAGAUGCCAAAGUUCAAAAUGCCAUCAUUCGGAAUGAAGGGUCCAAAACUGGAGGGUCCAGAUGUUGAUGUGAAAAUGCCUAAAGCCGAUAUAGACAUUAAUGCACCAGAGGUUGACAUUGAAGGACCUGAGGGAAAAAUCAAGGGCCCCAAAUUCAAGAUGCCAUCAAUAUCUGGUCCAAAGAUUUCUAUGCCAGACGUUGACUUCAAUCUGAAAGGUCCAAAACUGAAAGGUGAUGUUGACGUGUCUGUUCCAAAAGUGGAAGGAGAUAUUAAAGCACCAAAAGUGGAAAUUGAAGGCCUAGAAAUGGAAGGACCUGAGGGUGGUUUUAAGAUGCCAAAGAUCAAAAUGCCAUCAUUCGGAAUGAAGGGUCCAAAACUGGAGGGUCCAGAUGUUGAUGUGAAAAUGCCUAAAGCCGAUAUAGACAUUAAUGCACCAGAGGUUGACAUUGAAGGGCCUGAGGGAAAGAUCAAGGGCCCCAAAUUCAAGAUGCCAUCAAUCUCUGGUCCAAAGAUUUCUAUGCCAGACGUUGACUUCAAUCUGAAAGGUCCAAAACUGAAAGGUGAUGUUGACAUGUCGGUUCCAAAAGUGGAAGGAGAUAUUAAAGCACCAAAAGUUGAAAUUGAACGUCCAGAAAUGGAAGGACCUGAGGGUGGUUUUAAGAUGCCAAAGAUCAAAAUGCCAUCAUUCGGAAUGAAGGGUCCAAAACUGGAGGGUCCAGAUGUUGAUGUGAAAAUCCCUAAAGCCGAUAUAGACAUUAAUGCACCAGAGGUUGACAUUGAAGGACCUGAGGGAAAAAUCAAGGGCCCCAAAUUCAAGAUGCCAUCAAUGUCUGGUCCAAAGAUUUCUAUGCCAGACGUUGACUUCAAUCUCAAAGGUCCAAAACUGAAAGGUGAUGUUGACGUGUCUGUUCCAAAAGUGGAAGGAGAUAUUAAAGCACCAAAAGUGGAAAUUGAAGGCCCAGAAAUGGAAGGACCUGAGGGUGGUUUUAAGAUGCCAAAGAUCAAAAUGCCAUCAUUUGGAAUGAAGGGUCCAAAACUGGAGGGUCCAGAUGUUGAUGUGAAAAUCCCUAAAGCCGAUAUAGACAUUAAUGCACCAAAGGUUGACAUUGAAGGACCUGAGGGAAAAAUCAAGGGCCCCAAAUUCAAGAUGCCAUCAAUAUCUGGUCCAAAGAUUUCUAUGCCAGACGUUGACUUCAAUAUGAAAGGUCCAAAACUGAAAGGUGAUGUUGACGUGUCCGUUCCAAAAGUGGAAGGAGAUAUUAAAGCACCAAAAUUGGAAAUUGAAGGCCCAGAAAUGGAAGGACCUGAGGGUGGUUUUAAGAUGCCAAAGAUCAAAAUGCCAUCAUUCGGAAUGAAGGGUCCAAAACUGGAGGGUCCAGAUGUUGAUGUGAAAAUCCCUAAAGCCGAUGUAGACAUUAAUGCACCAGAGUUUGACAUUGAAGGACCUGAGGGAAAAAUUAAGGGCCCCAAAUUCAAGAUGCCAUCAAUCUCUGGUCCAAAGAUUUCUAUGCCAGACGUUGACUUCAAUCUGAAAGGUCCAAAACUGAAAGGUGAUUUUGACGUGUCUGUUCCAAAAGUGGAAGGAGAUAUUAAAGCACCAAAAGUUGAAAUUGAACGCCCAGAAAUUGAAGGACCUGAGGGUGGUUUUAAGAUGCCAAAGUUCAAAAUGCCAUCAUUCGGAAUGAAGGGUCCAAAACUGGAGGGUCCAGAUGUUGAUGUGAAAAUCCCUAAAGCCGAUGUAGACAUUAAUGCACCAGAGUUUGACAUUGAAGGACCUGAGGGAAAAAUUAAGGGCCCCAAAUUCAAGAUGCCAUCAAUCUCUGGUCCAAAGAUUUCUAUGCCAGACGUUGACUUCAAUCUGAAAGGUCCAAAACUGAAAGGUGAUUUUGACGUGUCUGUUCCAAAAGUGGAAGGAGAUAUUAAAGCACCAAAAGUUGAAAUUGAACGCCCAGAAAUUGAAGGACCUGAGGGUGGUUUUAAGAUGCCAAAGUUCAAAAUGCCAUCAUUCGGAAUGAAGGGUCCAAAAGUGGAGGGUCCAGAUGUUGAUGUGAAAAUCCCUAAAGCCGAUAUAGACAUUAAUGCACCAGAGCUUGACAUUGAAGGACCUGAGGGAAAAAUCAAGGGCCCCAAAUUCAAGAUGCCAUCAAUGUCUGGUCCAAAGAUUUCUAUGCCAGACUUUGACCUCAACCUGAAAGGUCCAAAGCUGAAAGGUGAUGUUGAUGUGUCUGUUCCAAAAGUGGAAGGGGAUAUUAAAACACCAAAAGUUGAAAUUGAAGGCCCAGAAAUGGAAGGACCUGAGGGUGGUUUUAAGAUGCCAAAGAUCAAAAUGCCAUCAUUCGGAAUGAAGGGUCCAAAACUGGAGGGUCCAGAUGUUGAUGUGAAAAUCCCUAAAGCCAAUAUAGACAUUAAUGCACCAGAGGUUGACAUUGAAGGACCUGAGGGAAAAAUCAAGGGCCCCAAAUUCAAGAUGCCAUCAAUGUCUGGUCCAAAGAUUUCUAUGCCAGAUGUUGACUUCAAUCUGAAAGGUCCAAAACUGAAAGGUGAUGUUGACGUGUCGGUUCCAAAAGUGGAAGGGGAUAUUAAAGCACCAAAAGUUGAAAUUGAAGGCCCAGAAAUUGAAGGACCUGAGGGUGGUUUUAAGAUGCCAAAGAUCAAAAUGCCAUCAUUCGGAAUGAAGGGUCCAAAACUGGAGGGUCCAGAUGUUGAUGUGAAAAUCCCUAAAGCCGAUAUAGACAUUAAUGCACCAGAGGUUGACAUUGAAGGGCCUGAGGGAAAAAUCAAGGGCCCCAAAUUCAAGAUGCCAUCAAUGUCUGGUCCAAAGAUUUCUAUGCCAGACUUUGACCUCAACCUGAAAGGUCCAAAAUUGAAAGGUGAUUUUGACGUGUCGGUUCCAAAAGUGGAAGGGGAUAUUAAAGCAGCAAAAGUUGAAAUUGAAGGCCCAGAAAUGGAAGGACCUGAGGGUGGUUUUAAGAUGCCAAAGAUCAAAAUGCCAUCAUUUGGAAUGAAGGGUCCAAAACUGGAGGGUCCAGAUGUUGAUGUGAAAAUCCCUAAAGCCGAUAUAGACAUUAAUGCACCAGAGGUUGACAUUGAAGGGCCUGAGGGAAAAAUCAAGGGCCCCAAAUUCAAGAUGCCAUCAAUGUCUGGUCCAAAGAUUUCUAUGCCAGACUUUGACCUCAACCUGAAAGGUCCAAAACUGAAAGGUGAUGUUGACGUGUCUGUUCCAAAAGUGGAAGGGGAUAUUAAAGCACCAAAAGUUGAAAUUGAAGGCCCAGAAAUGGAAGGACCUGAGGGUGGUUUUAAGAUGCCAAAGAUCAAAAUGCCAACAUUUGGAAUGAAGGGUCCAAAACUGGAGGGUCCAGAUGUUGAUGUGAAAAUCCCUAAAGCCGAUAUAGACAUUAAUGCACCAGAGGUUGACAUUGAAGGGCCUGAGGGAAAAAUCAAGGGCCCCAAAUUCAAGAUGCCAUCAAUGUCUGGUCCAAAGAUUUCUAUGCCAGACUUUGACCUCAACCUGAAAGGUCCAAAACUGAAAGGUGAUGUUGACGUGUCUGUUCCAAAAGUGGAAGGGGAUAUUAAAGCACCAAAAGUUGAAAUUGAAGGCCCAGAAAUUGAAGGACCUGAGGGUGGUUUUAAGAUGCCAAAGAUCAAAAUGCCAACAUUUGGAAUGAAGGGUCCAAAACUGGAGGGUCCAGAUGUUGAUGUGAAAAUCCCUAAAGCAGAUAUAGACAUUAAUGCACCAGAGAUUGACAUUGAAGGGCCUGAGGGAAAAAUCAAGGGCCCCAAAUUCAAGAUGCCAUCAAUGUCUGGUCCAAAGAUUUCUAUGCCAGACUUUGACCUCAACCUGAAAGGUCCAAAACUGAAAGGUGAUUUUGACGUGUCGGUUCCAAAAGUGGAAGGAGAAAUUAAAGCGCCAGAUGUGAACAUUAAGGGUCCAGAACUUGAUAUUGAAGGACCAGAGGGAAAAAUCAAGGGCUCCAAAUUCAAGAUGCCCACCAUUUCUGGUCCAAAGAUUUCUAUGCCUGAUGUGGAUUUCAACUUAAAAGGUCCAAAACUGAAAGGUGAUGUUGAUGUGUCUAUUCCAAAAGUGGAAGGAGACAUUAAAACACCAGAUUUGGGUAUCAAGGAGCCCAAACUUGACAUAGAAUUACCAGAAGGAAAAAUCAAAGGCCCAAAAGUCAAGAUGCCAUCAGUAUCUGGUCCUGAAGGUCCAAAUGUUGAGGUUAAUUUUCCAGAAACAAAUGUCAAGAAGUCUAAAUUUAAAAUGCCCAAGUUUGGAUUUAAAGGGCCAAAGAUUGAAGCACCUGAUGUUGAUGUCAAACUUCCGAAAGGAUCUAAAGUGAAAGGUCAAGCUGGUGUCAGUUUGGAAGGUGAUCUAAAUAUGCCGAAAGUGGAAGUUGAUUCUCCAAGUGUAGAAGUUAAAAGUCCAGAGGGAGGAUUCAAGAUGCCAAAAUUUAAAAUGCCAAAGUUCGGUUUUAAGUCACCCAAAGGAGAAAUUGAUGUCAGCGUGCCUAGUGGUGACAUUGGUUUAAAAUCACCUGAUAUUGACAUCAAAACUCCUGAUCUUGAUGUUGAAGGACCUGAGGGACAUAUCAAGGGCACCAAAUUCAAAAUGCCUUCUAUAUCCGGUCCAAAGAUUUCUAUGCCAGAUGUAGACUUCAACUUGAAAAGUCCAAGAGUCAAGGGCGAUAUGGAUGUUUCUGUACCAAAGAUUUCAGGUGACAUAAAAGCUCCAAAGGUGGACAUUGAAGGUCCUGAUGUUGAUAUCGAGGGCCCAGAAGGUGGCUUCAAGAUGCCUAAAAUGAAAAUGCCAUCAUUUGGACUCAAAGGUCCUAAAAUGGAGGGCCCAGAUGUUGACAUCAAUCUCCCCAAAGCAGAUGUUGACAUUAAAGGACCUGGAAUUGAUGUUACAGCUCCUGAUCUUGACAUUGAAGGACCUGAAGGAAAAAUCAAAGGUCCCAAGUUCAAAAUGCCUUCCAUAUCAGGUCCAAUUUCUAUGCCAGAUGUCAACUUUAAAGGCCCCAAAGUCAAGGGUGAUAUGGAUGUUUCUGUACCAAAGAUUUCAGGUGACAUAAAAGCUCCAAAAGUGAACAUUGAAGGUCCUGAUGUUGAUAUCGAGGGCCCAGAAGGUGGCUUCAAGAUGCCUAAAAUGAAAAUGCCAUCAUUUGGACUCAAAGGUCCUAAAAUGGAGGGCCCAGAUGUUGACAUCAAUCUCCCCAAAGCAGAUGUUGACAUUAAAGGACCUGGAAUUGAUGUUACAGCUCCUGAUCUUGACAUUGAAGGACCUGAAGGAAAAAUCAAAGGUCCCAAGUUCAAAAUGCCUUCCAUAUCUGGUCCAAAGAUCUCAAUGCCAGAUGUCAACUUAAAUCUUAAAGGCCCCAAAGUCAAGGGUGAUAUGGAUGUUUCUGUACCAAAGAUUUCAGGUGACAUAAAAGCUCCAAAAGUGAACAUUGAAGGUCCUGAUGUUGAUAUUGAGGGCCCAGAAGGUGGCUUCAAGAUGCCUAAAAUGAAAAUGCCAUCAUUUGGACUCAAAGGUCCUAAAAUGGAGGGCCCAGAUGUUGACAUCAAUCUCCCCAAAGCAGAUGUUGACAUUAAAGGACCUGAAAUUGACAUUGAAGGACCUGAGGGGAAAAUCAGAGGUCCCAAAUUCAAAAUGCCUUCUAUAUCCGGUCCAAAGAUUUCUAUGCCAGAUGUAGACUUCAACUUGAAAAGUCCAAGAGUCAAGGGCGAUAUGGAUGUUUCUGUACCAAAGAUUUCAGGUGACAUAAAAGCUCCAAAGGUGGACAUUGAAGGUCCUGAUGUUGAUAUCGAGGGCCCAGAAGGUGGCUUCAAGAUGCCUAAAAUGAAAAUGCCAUCAUUUGGACUCAAAGGUCCUAAAAUGGAGGGCCCAGAUGUUGACAUCAAUCUCCCCAAAGCAGAUGUUGACAUUAAAGGACCUGGAAUUGAUGUUACAGCUCCUGAUCUUGACAUUGAAGGACCUGAAGGAAAAAUCAAAGGUCCCAAGUUCAAAAUGCCUUCCAUAUCAGGUCCAAAAUUCUCUAUGCCAGAUGUCAACUUUAAAGGCCCCAAAGUCAAGGGUGAUAUGGAUGUUUCUGUACCAAAGAUUUCAGGUGACAUAAAAGCUCCAAAAGUGAACAUUGAAGGUCCUGAUGUUGAUAUCGAGGGCCCAGAAGGUGGCUUCAAGAUGCCUAAAAUGAAAAUGCCAUCAUUUGGACUCAAAGGUCCUAAAAUGGAGGGCCCAGAUGUUGACAUCAAUCUCCCCAAAGCAGAUGUUGACAUUAAAGGACCUGGAAUUGAUGUUACAGCUCCUGAUCUUGACAUUGAAGGACCUGAAGGAAAAAUCAAAGGUCCCAAGUUCAAAAUGCCUUCCAUAUCUGGUCCAAAGAUCUCAAUGCCAGAUGUCAACUUAAAUCUUAAAGGCCCCAAAGUCAAGGGUGAUAUGGAUGUUUCUGUACCAAAGAUUUCAGGUGACAUAAAAGCUCCAAAAGUGAACAUUGAAGGUCCUGAUGUUGAUAUUGAGGGCCCAGAAGGUGGCUUCAAGAUGCCUAAAAUGAAAAUGCCAUCAUUUGGACUCAAAGGUCCUAAAAUGGAGGGCCCAGAUGUUGACAUCAAUCUCCCCAAAGCAGAUGUUGACAUUAAAGGACCUGAAAUUGACAUUGAAGGACCUGAGGGGAAAAUCAGAGGUCCCAAGUUCAAAAUGCCUUCCAUAUCAGGUCCAAAAAUAUCUAUGCCAGAUGUAGACUUCAACUUGAAAAGUCCAAAAGUCAAGGGUGAUAUGGAUGUUUCUGUACCAAAGAUUUCAGGUGACAUAAAAGCUCCAAAAGUGAACAUUGAAGGUCCUGAUGUUGAUAUCGAGGGCCCAGAAGGUGGCUUCAAGAUGCCUAAAAUGAAAAUGCCAUCAUUUGGACUCAAAGGUCCUAAAGUGGAGGGCCCAGAUGUUGACAUCAAUCUCCCCAAAGCAGAUGUUGACAUUAAAGGACCUGGAAUUGAUGUUACAGCUCCUGAUCUUGACAUUGAAGGACCUGAAGGAAAAAUCAAAGGUCCCAAGUUCAAAAUGCCUUCCAUAUCUGGUCCAAAGAUCUCUAUGCCAGAUGUCAACUUAAAUCUUAAAGGCCCCAAAGUCAAGGGUGAUAUGGAUGUUUCUGUACCAAAGAUUUCAGGUGACAUAAAAGCUCCAAAAGUGAACAUUGAAGGUCCUGAUGUUGAUAUCGAGGGCCCAGAAGGUGGCUUCAAGAUGCCUAAAAUGAAAAUGCCAUCAUUUGGACUAAAAGGUCCUAAAGUGGAGGGCCCAGAUGUUGACAUCAAUCUCUCCAAAGCAGAUGUUGACAUUAAAGGACCUGAAAUUGACAUCAAAACUCCUGAUCUUGACAUUGAAGGACCUGAGGGGAAAAUCAAAGGUCCCAAGUUCAAAAUGCCUUCCAUAUCAGGUCCAAAAUUCUCUAUGCCAGAUGUCAACUUUAAAGGCCCCAAAGUCAAGGGAGAUAUGGAUGUUUCUGUACCAAAGAUUUCAGGUGACAUAAAAGCUCCAAAAGUGGACAUUGAAGGUCCUGAUGUUGAUAUCGAGGGCCCAGAAGGUGGCUUCAAGAUGCCUAAAAUGAAAAUGCCAUCAUUUGGACUCAAAGGUCCUAAAAUGGAGGGCCCAGAUGUUGACAUUAAAGGACCUGGAAUUGAUGUUACAGCUCCUGAUCUUGACAUUGAAGGACCUGAAGGAAAAAUCAAAGGUCCCAAGUUCAAAAUGCCUUCAAUAUCUGGUCCAAAGAUCUCAAUGCCAGAUGUCAACUUAAAUCUUAAAGGCCCCAAAGUCAAGGGUGAUAUGGAUGUUUCUGUACCAAAGAUUUCAGGUGACAUAAAAGCUCCAAAAGUGAACAUUGAAGGUCCUGAUGUUGAUAUCGAGGGCCCAGAAGGUGGCUUCAAGAUGCCUAAAAUGAAAAUGCCAUCAUUUGGACUCAAAGGUCCUAAAAUGGAGGGCCCAGAUGUUGACAUCAAUCUCCCCAAAGCAGAUGUUGACAUUAAAGGACCUGAAAUUGACAUCAAAACUCCUGAUCUUGACAUAGAAGGACCUGAGGGGAAAAUCAAAGGUCCCAAGUUCAAAAUGCCUUCCAUAUCAGGUCCAAAAUUCUCUAUGCCAGAUGUCAACUUUAAAGGCCCCAAAGUCAAGGGAGAUAUGGAUGUUUCUGUACCAAAGAUUUCAGGUGACAUAAAAGCUCCAAAAGUGGACAUUGAAGGUCCUGAUGUUGAUAUCGAGGGCCCAGAAGGUGGCUUCAAGAUGCCUAAAAUGAAAAUGCCAUCAUUUGGACUCAAAGGUCCUAAAAUGGAGGGCCCAGAUGUUGACAUCAAUCUCCCCAAAGCAGAUGUUGACAUUAAAGGACCUGGAAUUGAUGUUACAGCUCCUGAUCUUGACAUUGAAGGACCUGAAGGAAAAAUCAAAGGUCCUAAGUUCAAAAUGCCUUCCAUAUCUGGUCCAAAGAUCUCAAUGCCAGAUGUCAACUUAAAUCUUAAAGGCCCCAAAGUCAAGGGUGAUAUGGAUGUUUCUGUACCAAAGAUUUCAGGUGACAUAAAAGCUCCAAAAGUGAACAUUGAAGGUCCUGAUGUUGAUAUCGAGGGCCCAGAAGGUGGCUUCAAGAUGCCUAAAAUGAAAAUGCCAUCAUUUGGACUCAAAGGUCCUAAAAUGGAGGGCCCAGAUGUUGACAUCAAUCUCCCCAAAGCAGAUGUUGACAUUAAAGGACCUGGAAUUGAUGUUACAGCUCCUGAUCUUGACAUUGAAGGACCUGAAGGAAAAAUCAAAGGUCCCAAGUUCAAAAUGCCUUCCAUAUCUGGUCCAAAGAUCUCAAUGCCAGAUGUCAACUUAAAUCUUAAAGGCCCCAAAGUCAAGGGUGAUAUGGAUGUUUCUGUACCAAAGAUUUCAGGUGACAUAAAAGCUCCAAAAGUGAACAUUGAAGGUCCUGAUGUUGAUAUCGAGGGCCCAGAAGGUGGCUUCAAGAUGCCUAAAAUGAAAAUGCCAUCAUUUGGACUCAAAGGUCCUAAAAUGGAGGGCCCAGAUGUUGACAUCAAUCUCCCCAAAGCAGAUGUUGACAUUAAAGGACCUGGAAUUGAUGUUACAGCUCCUGAUCUUGACAUUGAAGGACCUGAAGGAAAAAUCAAAGGUCCCAAGUUCAAAAUGCCUUCCAUAUCUGGUCCAAAGAUCUCAAUGCCAGAUGUCAACUUAAAUCUUAAAGGCCCCAAAGUCAAGGGUGAUAUGGAUGUUUCUGUACCAAAGAUUUCAGGUGACAUAAAAGCUCCAAAAGUGAACAUUGAAGGUCCUGAUGUUGAUAUCGAGGGCCCAGAAGGUGGCUUCAAGAUGCCUAAAAUGAAAAUGCCAUCAUUUGGACUCAAAGGUCCUAAAAUGGAGGGCCCAGAUGUUGACAUCAAUCUCCCCAAAGCAGAUGUUGACAUUAAAGGACCUGGAAUUGAUGUUACAGCUCCUGAUCUUGACAUUGAAGGACCUGAAGGAAAAAUCAAAGGUCCCAAGUUCAAAAUGCCUUCCAUAUCAGGUCCGAAGAUCUCUAUGCCAGAUGUCAACUUAAAAGGGCCCAAAGUGAAGGGUGAUAUGGAUGUUUCUGUACCAAAGGUUUCAGCUGAUCUAAAGGCACCAAAAUUGGACAUUGAAGGUCCUGAUGUUGAUAUCGAGGGCCCAGAAGGUGGCUUCAAGAUGCCUAAAAUGAAAAUGCCAUCAUUUGGACUCAAAGGUCCUAAAGUGGAGGUCCCAGAUGUUGACAUCAAUUUCCCCAAAGCAGACGUUGACAUUAAAGGACCUGGAAUUGAUGUUACAGCUCCUGAUCUUGACAUUGAAGGACCUGAGGGUGGUUUAAAACAUGUUAAGUUCCCAAAAUUCAAAGGUCCCAACUUUGGAAUAAAGCCUUCAGGUGGCAGUCUUUCAAUACCUGAAAAAGAUAUAGGGGCGAAUAUUGAUGUCAAAAGCCCUGAAGUCAACAUCAGUGGACCAGAUGCAAAUAUCAAGGUGCCAAAAAUGAAAAAAUCUAAAUUUUCGCUUGGAGUUAAGAGCCCAAAAUUGGAUGCAGAUAUUCCUGAUGCUGGUGGUAGUGUAGAAGGACCUGAUAUGAACAUAGAUGUGAAAGGAAAGAAAGGUAAAUUCAAAUUGGCCAAAGGGAAAGGGAAGUCUAAAACAUUUGAUGGUGAUAUGAAGUUGGAGACAAAUGAACCUGACCUGCAGAUGAAGUCAACCAAAGUAAAGAAACCUCUUUUUGGAAAGUUACAUUUUCCUGAUGUGGAAUUUGACAUCAAAUCUUCAAAAGCUAAAGGUAGUUCAUCUGCCUCUGGAACUAUAAAAUCAUCUGCUGAUCUGCCUUCUGCAAGCCUUAAAACUGAUAUUCAGACACCAGGUGCUAGUUUGGACAGUCCUGAUUUCAAAACAAAAGGAGGAAAAAUCAAAAUGACAAAAGUUGGCAUCUCUGGCUCUGAAAUAAAAACUCCUGAACUGGUUGUUAGAGAUGCAACUUUAGAGGUUCCAGAAAAGACCUUUCAGUCCCCAGAUGUCAGUGUAGCAGGAUCAGGCAUUAAUGGAAAAGGCAAGGCUAAAAUUGAUGUAGGAGGAAAAAUACAGGAUGUUGAGUUGACAGUGCCUACUGUAAAUGUCCAUGGUGGUGCUUUAGAUGCUGAUUUAAAUCUCACUGAACAAAAAGGAGUAAAAGGGAGCAUUGAAAUACCAGGCUUUAAUGUAAGAGGACAAAAGGGAGAGACUGCAAGUGGGUUAGACAUGAAGCCAGAUGCAUCAUUAUCUGGUGUGAUGGAGUACCAAGGAGGUAAUGUAACCUUUCCUAAAAUCAAAGUACCAAAGUUUGGUGUUGCAUUGCCUAAAGUAGAUGGAGGUGAUAUGAGAGUAAAUGUAGGUUCAGGUGAAUUGGCUGCUGUUUCUGAAGUUACUUCCCAAAGUCUGGAAAUUGAGAACACUGAUAUGAAAAGCAGUGGUGGAAAAGUGAAAGUCAAAAUGCCAAAAUUAUUUUCCAAAUCUAAAUCUAAAGGUGGCAGUGCAGCUGAUCUUACUGCUGAGGGAGAAGGUGUUGAUGUAACCAGUAAAGGUGGUGCAAAGGUGUCUAAGGAGUUGAGCCUAAGUUCUGGGCAAUUGACAAGUGGCAAGUUAGCAGUAGAGGGAAGCUCUGGGUUUAAAGUUUCACCAAAGAGUAAAUCUGCCUCCCUUGACCUCUUCAAAAAAACACAUCACUCAUCUUCUGUAAGUGACGAGGGAGGUUUAGCUUCCCCUGUUUCUGCUGAAGGCCACUUACAGGCAGAGGGUGGCAACAUUUCAGUUGAUGUUGGAGAAAUGGCCAAAGGCAAAAAAGGAAAGUUGAAGUUUGCUACAAUUGGAGGUUUUAGCUCAAAAAGUAAAGGUUCAUAUGAAGUGACAGAUGAAAGUGAGGUUAGGAUUGAGGGUGCUGGUGUAGUUGCUCAGUCUUCAAAAAAGUCCAGAAUGUCGUCAUCAUCUAGCAGUGAUAGUGGUUCAAAAGGCAGUUUUCGGUUUCCACAGCUCGAAAUAGCGGUGUCACCAAAGAAAUAGUUUUCACGCUAGAAUCUAUACACAGUACAUUUACACACACUUUUGUAAAUCUGUCUUUCAUUUAAACAACAGUGCACUGCCAUAUUGACUGUUUCUUCAAUUCCCACAUAUGUUCUUUACAGGCAUUGAUAUAUAUAAAUAUUUUUUUUUUUCUCUGAAUCACAAUUUAACUGUAAAUAAGAGAAAUCUGUUAUGUAAUUUUAAUUGCGUUUUGUAGAUAGGAAAUUCAAAUCCAAUUCAACAAUGUGUGUAGUUAAUAUAAAAAUCUGUCAUCUGAUAACUUGUUCUAUUUUUGUACCUUAGAAAGUUUUGGAACUCUGUUGUCCUUUCUAAAAUUGUCUGGAUACAUUUAAAUGCAAGAGGAGUGAUUUUAUUUAGAUUUGAAAGGUUUUUAAAACUUCAGCUUCACUUACAUUUAGUAGUGCUGUAUCAUAUGUAUUGCACACAUUGCAUAUGAGUAACUAAUUUGAGCAGUGAUUUAAACCAGAUCUCAUUUGUGAGCACAAUGAAGUUUAAGGGCUGUACAAACUGUAAAUAACUUGAUUCAAAACCAAUACAUGGGAUAACGUACCUUUGUGUACCAAAUAUUAUGACAGUUCAGAUACUAUGGAAUUUACACAGAGAUUAUAAUCUUCUAAAGUAUUUAUAUCUAAGACUGUCUUUUUCAAUGAUUGCUUGAAUAUCUUUAAAAUGCACACCAAGAAGCAGCUGGCAAAAGCUGUGACUUGCUUUGAUAUUUAAUGGUUUCUAAGGCAUUUUUUCUUAGUUAUAUCUUCCACAUUUCUUUACAUCCGGUUGACUCUCUCUUCCUUUCACUAAAUUUAUGAAAUGCCAUGCUGUCAUGUGGUGAUAUAACUACAGGAAUGCCAAUGGUAAAACAUUUAAUAUUUUGAAAAGGCAGAAAAUGUGCAUUUGCCCUUGUAAAUAAUGGGACAUUUAGGCUGCAAGUUUCUAACUUUUGUUUUUUUCUGUCUUGUAUCAGUUUUAAAAAAAAUUUAAAUAAAGUGAACAAUUAUCAAUA